UUUUAAUCAGUCAGAUACCGUGGCACCCUACAUUCUCUUUCUUUUAUUUUUCUCCGUUCUGCCUCACUCUUAAGCUUUACUGAUCCCCAUCAAAGCAUCCAAGAAGAAAAUGGCCAUAAUUGGAGUCCCAAUAUUGGGAUUUUUCAUCAUAGUUCUACUGACUAGCCUUCAGGAAUCAUGGGCUAUCAAAGAGGAUCAUGUGAUCAUCCAAGCUGAGUUCUAUAUGACCCCUGAUUCAUCUGGCGAGUUUAUGUUUGACUUUGAUGGUGAUGAGAUUUUCCACGUGGAUCUGGAAAAAAAGCAGACGGUCUGGCGGCUUGAAGAAUUUGGACAUUUUGCCGGCUUUGAGGCUCAGGGUGCAUUGGCUAACAUAGCUGUGGACAAGGCCAACCUGGACACCAUGAUGAAGCUUACCAACAACACCCCAAACACAAAUGUACCUCCAGAGGUGACUGUGCUCCCGAACAAGCCUGUGGAGCUGGGAGAGCCCAACAUCCUCAUCUGUUUCAUUGACAAGUUCUCCCCACCAGCGAUCAAUGUCACAUGGCUGCGAAAUGGAAAACCUGUCACCACAGGAGUGUCAGAGACAGUCUUCCUGCCCAGGGAAGACCACCUUUUCCGCAAGUUCCACUAUCUCCCCUUCCUGCCCUCUACCGAGGACGUCUACGACUGCCAGGUGGAUCACUGGGGUUUGGAUGAGCCGCUCCUCAAGCACUGGGAGUUUGAAGCACGGACCCCCCUCCCAGAGACAACAGAGAAUGUGGUGUGUGCCCUGGGCCUGAUUGUGGGUCUGGUGGGCAUCAUUGUUGGGACCAUCUUCGUCAUCAAGGGGGUGCGCAGAGGCAGUGCUGCUGAACACAGAGGGCCUCUGUGAGGGACUUCAGGUAAUGGACUAUCUUAUAGAGAAGAUCAAUGAAGAGAUUUCUGCUUUAGUAUCUUCAAAAACCUGGCAAUUCUCCAAUGUUCACUUCUGUGAAGACUGCCACUCUCCAGCACUUCCCAGCCCUGUAGUCACUCUAAGAGCGGUGACGCAUCUCCGUCUCUCCAUGCUCUAACAGCUAGUUGGGCUUCCCUACCUAUUGCCCCUUCCUGUAUCUUGUCCAUUCCCCAUUAUCUUUUUACUAUUAGCAUGUAAUGACCCUGAAAUAGAUCCCAUAAGAUCUUUUUUUGCUAUGAAACCUUUAGAACAUUUCAUGGAGGCAUCUCCUAUAUACUUAUUGCUUGGGGCUUCUUCAAACUGUGAUUGUAAUUUUUCUGAAUACAAUAAACUAUUGGAUCAGUA